AAAGACUUUCGAGUCGUACACACGCCAAAGCUACCUCCACGGCUCCAACGAGGAGGGAUAUCCAUGGAACCAGGGGGCAACUAGAAAAAAAAAAAAAAAAAACUAAAGCCAAAACCAGCGAGCAGAAGCAGAACCGGCCGUGCCGCUCACCGUGCCGGCCGAGGGAAGACGAGACGGCGAUGGCGGGGGCAGGGUUCCCUCGGCCGCUGCAGGUCCACGCGAUCCAGAGCUGCGCGGAGGAGGGGUUCUGGGACGCGCUCCGCCGCCUCAAGCUCGACGUCCUCGGCACCGACGACUCCCCCAUCCCCAUCACCGGUUAUUAUACUCCACGCCAGAAUCGCAAGGUUGCAAGCCGCUUAAGGCUAUGCCCAGAAUCAUUAGUGCCACCAUCUCACAAUUCCAUUGGCUCUAGGAACAAUUGCCCAGUCCCAGGUACCCUCAUAAACACUAAUAACACGAGAGGAUUCCAAAACCUAGACAGAGAGCUUCUUCUGAAAGCAGAAGCGAAGAAGAUAUUGCAUGACAUUAUGUCCGGUAAAGUAGAAGAGGAUCCUGCUCUGCUACUUAGGUUCCUUGUGAUAUCAUUUGCUGAUCUGAAGAAUUGGAAGGUCUAUUACAAUGUUGCAUUCCCCUCACUGGUUUUCAGCUCUAAAAUGACCCUGCUCAGCCUGCAAGACUCGUCACAAGUGCUCAGCAAAGAAGAGGCAGCAUCCUUGUAUAAAUCAUUGCAAGAGUGGCGUGCUUCUAGUGAAACAACAGUUCCAUUCUUUCUGGUUAGUAUAUCCUCAGAUUCCUCUGCCUCUGUAAGACAACUGAAGGACUGGAAAGCUUGCCAGGGGAACUGUCAAAAUCUGCUAUUUGGGUUUUAUGAUCAUGGCUUUCGGCAUGACAAUGGCAAACUAGAUUUCCCUGGCUGGGCUCUUAGAAACUACAUUUCAUUCCUGAGCAUGCGGUGGAAGAUCGAGAAAGUUCAGUUCUUCUGCUACCGAGAAUUGCGUGGGCAGCCUGAUCUAGAACAGUCCUUAAUUGGCGAAGCAUCAUUUCCACCACCUUGUGGCUGGGAUGACCCUGAUUAUGUACCUGAAGUUAUUGGGUGGGAAGGAGAAAAGCCUGGGAAGGGAACAAAAGAAAUGAUACCAAAAGAAAUAAAUCUUCAAUCAAUGAAUCCGGCAAGUCAGGAUGAAGAAAAACAAUUGAUGCACUUGAAGCUUAUGGGGUGGCGCCACUUUCCAGUGAAUAUAGACAAGUUAUCGCGUGUUCGAGUUCUUCUGUUGGGUGCUGGAAUUCUUGGAUGUGAAGUUGCUCGCCUACUUAUGACCUGGGGUGUACGGAAACUUUCAGUGGUUGACAGUGGUUCUGUUGCCACAUCUGAUCUUGUCAAACAAUCACUCUACAUAGACAAGGACUGUGGAGUCCCAAGAGUGACUGCAAUAGUUCCACAUCUCAAAGCAAGAUGUCCUGCAAUGGAGGUAGAAGGCACGAAAAUGGAAAUACCAGUGCCUGGGCAUCCUGUUUCUCCCAGCAAAAUAGCAAGUGUGCUUGAUGAUUGCAAGCGUCUCCAAACAUUAGUGGCUUCCAAUGACGUGGUCUUUUUGUUAACUGACACAUGGGAGAGCAAGUGGCUUCCAACUCUUUUGUGUGCAAAUCAAAACAAGAUUGCUGUUACUGCAGUAUUAGGAUAUGACAAUUACCUUGUCAUGCGACAUGGUGCUGGUCCAGGAACAAGAAGUGGGGUUAUGGAUGAAGUGAUUGCUCAGAUAGAGCAUUUGUCCACAGAAGAUGCUCUUGGACGUCAAAGAUUGGGCUGUUGUUUCUGCAAUGAUGCUGCUUCCCUUGUAAAUUCAAUCCCUAAUGGAACACUAGAUCAACAAGCAAUAGCACUACCUGGACUAACCUCGAUUGCAUCUGGCGAAGCAGUGGAGCUGUUUGCUAGGAUGUUACAUCAUCCUGAUGAGAUACAUGCUGCAGGAGAUAUUGCUGGUAUGGACACUGAACAUCAGCUUGGUCUAUUGCCACAUCAGCUACGAGGAUCACUCCCAAAGUGUGUUUUAUCAACUGAAUUAGGCAAUUCCUCAAGCAAUUGUACUGCAUGUUCCAAUGCAGUAUUGUCAGAGUAUAGAAGAAGAGGAUUGGAUUUUGUUGUGCAGGCCAUCAACCAUCCAACAUAUCUAAAAGAUCUAACAGGCAUUACUGAUUUGAAAAAGCCGGAUGCUUGUCCUAGAAUGCCCGCCAAUAUCCCUGUAAAUUCAGACAAGUUUUCCGAUGUCAGAUGCCUACUUUUAGGUGUUGGGACUCUUGGAUGUGAUGUUGCCCGUAUUCUUAUGGACUGUGGUGUACGGAAGCUAACAGUGGUUGAUAGUGGCCGUGUUGUUGUGUCAAAUUUGGCGAGACAAUCACUCUACACAUCUGAUGAUCGUGGUGCCCCCAAAGCGACUGCGAUACUUAGGCAUCUAGCGGACAGAUGUCCUUCAGUGGAUGCACAAGGCAUUCAAAUGGAAAUACCUAUGCCAGGGCAUCCUGUGUCUCCUAGUGAAGUAGCUGGUGUGCUUGAAGAUUGCAAGCGCCUGGAGGAAUUAGUAGCUUCCCAUGAUGCUAUCUUCUUGUUGACCGACACCAGGGAAAGUAGAUGGCUUCCAACGCUCCUCUGCACUAAUGAAAACAAGAUUGCGAUUACCGCAGCAUUAGGGUAUGACAGUUACCUUGUCAUGCGACAUGGGGCUGGUCCUGGCAUAAAUUGUGAAGGUUCGGAUGUGGUUGCUACCACGGGUAAGCUGUCCACAAAGGAUGCUUUUGGACGUCAAAGACUGGGGUGCUAUUUCUGCAAUGAUGUUGUUGCUCCUGUUGAUUCAGUCUCCAAUCGAACACUGGAUCAACAAUGUACAGUAACACGACCUGGUCUAGCCUCUAUUGCAUCUGGACGUGCCGUUGACCUCUUCACAAGAAUGCUACAUCAUCCAGAUGGGAUACAUGCUCCAGGAGAGAACGCUGGCACGAUCGGUGAGCAUCCGCUUGGCCUAUUGCCUCACCAGAUACGAGGAUCACUGUCACAGUACAACUUAUUAACACUCUUGGGUUAUUCCUCUAGCAAUUGCACGGCGUGUUCCAAUGCGGUAUUGUCUGAAUAUCGGAGGAGAGGAAUGGAUUUUGUGAUGCAAGUGAUCAACGAACCAACUUAUUUGGAAGACCUAACUGGCCUGACGGACUUGAUGAAAUCUGUAGCUUACUCUCAGGUCGAGUGGUUAGAUGGAACCGAUGAGGACGAGUUAGUCGACAUCUGAUGUAUCACAUGAUUUUAGUAACUGUAAAUAUCAUUUCCUACAAGAUGAUUCAUGCGAUGAUGAGAGUGACAUGUUUGUGUGGGAUGACUUAGCUGAACAAGAAGAAGCAAUCAAGCAAGCACCCUGUAAACACUUCUGACAUCUUGACACGAUGCAAACUUUUACACUGUAAUGUAGACAAGUCUAUACAAAAUGUUGUUAAUUUUC